AUGGCGGAGAAGCACGCCGAUUUCCAUCAACACUCUGGCUCACAGUCGCCAGACCAUCAAUACCCCAUCCAAUCCAAUGAGACCAGCAAAUCCGAGGCCCGACGCGGCUCCAAGCUCAAUGAAGCCACUGACAUGUAUGGCGAUGUCGCCACGGCGGAGGAAUACGGCUAUGUCUCCCGUGGUCUCAAAUCUCGACACAUCCAGUUCAUCGCCCUCGGUGGUACCAUCGGUACCGGUCUCUUCUUGGGUAUCGGCCGUGCCUUUUUGAACGCCGGCCCUCUCUCCGUCCUGCUUGGUUAUACCUUUACUGGCUUGGCCGUCUUCGCCAUGAUGUACUCACUCGGUGAAAUGGCCACCUGGCUACCUCUUCCUGGUGCAAUCCCACAGUUCUGCGCUCGUUACGUCGACGAUGCCAUGGGUUUCGCGGUUGGCUGGAACAACUGGUAUUCGUGCUCCAUCACUCUCUGCGCCGAAAUUUCCGCUGCGUCCACCGUCAUUCAGUUCUGGAACGGAGCUCGUGACAUCAACGUCGCUGCAUGGAUUUCACUCAUCAUUGUCCUGGUCCUCUGCCUCAACAUUUUCGCUGUCUCCAUUUAUGGUGAAGCCGAAUUCAUCUUUUCCUCCAUCAAGAUCGUCACCAUCAUCGGCCUGUUGAUCCUCGCUCUCAUUAUUGAUGUUGGUGGCGUUCCCGGACAGCACCGCCUGGGCUUCCAGUACUGGAGAAAUCCAGGUGCCAUGAAGCCCUACAUUGCUAGUGGUAGCACCGGUCGCUUCCUUGGUCUGUGGUCAACUCUCGUCAACGCCGCUUUCUCCUUCGGUGGUGUCGAAAUGGUGGCCGUCGCAGCUGGAGAAGCCGAAGAUCCACGCCGAAACAUUCCCAAAGCCGUACGCCGUGUCUUCUGGCGUAUUUUGUUCUUCUACAUCUUGGGAUCUCUCGCUAUCGGUGUCUUGGUGCCUUCCAACGACGAGAAUCUCAUCAAUGCCCGAGAAUCCGGUGCUGCUGGUGCUGCUCAAUCUCCAUGGGUAAUUGCCAUUAGCCGUGCCGGUAUUGAUGUUCUCCCUUCCAUCAUCAACGCUGUGAUCUUGACUUCCGCCUCGUCUUCCGCCAACGCUUUCUUGUACACCGGCUCUCGCUAUCUGUACGCCCUCGCGCAAAACCGACAGGCUCCGAGAUUCCUGCUCAAGUGCUCAAAAAGCGGUGUCCCAAUCUGGUGCGUUUUGAUCACCUGCUCCAUUUCCCUCAUCACCUACCUCUCUUGCUCCGCCGGCUCCGCCAAAGUCUUUGCCUGGUUCCAAAACUUGACAACCAUCAGUACUCUUUUCACCUGGGUCAGCAUUUGCAUCGCAUACUGUCGUUUCCACGCUGCUCUUCAAGCGCAAGGCAUUGACCGGAACUCUCUGGUUCUCAAAGCACCAUUCCAGCCAUAUCUUGGUAUUGCUUCCGCCUCUUUCUUCAGUUUGAUCAUCUUCUUCAAUGGGUUCGACUCGAUUGCGGGCAGCUGGGACUAUCAAGCGUUCCUCACUGAUUACAUUGGUGUCCCAAUCUACUUCGGCCUCUAUCUGUUUUGGAGAGUGUUCAAGCGCACUCAUUUCAUCAGCCCUGCCGAGGCUGAUCUGCACACUGGAAAGGCUGCUUUGGACGCCAUUGAAUGGCCCGAGCGUGUGGCUAAAAACUGGAUCCAGAGAUUCUGGUUCUGGCUCGCGUAA